AUGUAAAAUUAUGCCGUAAACACGACUUCCUGGCGUCUAGACACUCAGUAUUAAACCGAGUUUUGUUCCGUAUCGCUGCCUUGGAGAUCGUUGCUCAUAGCGUUACUGACCUGUUUGUGCACUGACCGAGCCGUCGUCUGAUUUCAAAUUCCAUGGCAGAUUUUCGCCUCGUCAAUCCAGAAGGUUGGGAAUACGAUCUUCAGUCUGUGUACUCUGCUUACAUAGGUUACUUCCAGUUGCACAACAUCCCGUGGUACGACCGGACAUGGGGACAAUUCUUCGAGACGUUUGAGCAGUUUCUGGGAUUUUCAUGGCCUGUAAUUGCUGUUACAGACUCAUCGACUGGCCGUGCGCACAUUGUCACCCGACUAACGACCGUCGGCGCGUUCAUCAAGAUGAUCAAGACUCGUUUCGGCGAAACACUUCCAACGCCCGACAACAUGCUCAAAGUUACGCACUUCGAGACGUCUCAGCGACAUCUACGGAACGUUGCAGACUGGGCGACCUACAAGAAACUAUACACGACACUACCAGCAGUAGCGCUCGCAGCGUUUAAAACUCGGAUACGGGCUGGCGAGCCGAAGGCCAUCCGAGAACUAUGGGGCAAGCGCGACAAGACAUUUUUAGCCAUCGAUUUUGAGUGGAGCGAACGGAACCCGGCAACGUUUCUAGAAUGGGGUUAUGCGGCUGUUCGGUGUGGGCAUCUUGAGGCCGUCGGCGCGUGGCCUCCGAUGCCCGAGUCGAAUUAUCGGAAGGGUCACUAUAUCAUCGGUGACUACGUGGACAAGAUCGUCAACAAGCAUUGUCCUACGUACCCCUGGCAGUAUGCUUGGGGCGACAGCCAAGUCAUACCAAGAACAAAGCUACCUCAGAUCGUACAGUCUGUGAUUAGCAGUCUAGCAAGCCCGGACACAGAAACCACCGCUAAUAGCCUCGUCCUCAUAGGACACGGCGUCAGCUCUGACAUCCAGCGUCUUGAAGAGGCCAAGAUCAAAAUCCCACACAACGUUCUCAUAGUCGAUACUGCUUCCUUUGAACGCGCGCUCUUCAACGCCGGCGAGCGAGGAGUAAUGCACGACCCCAAAACAGGCAAACACCGCGCCCAAGGCUCUACGCUCUCCCUCGGCGGGCUUUUACACUCCCUAGGGAUCGAUCCCCCAUGUGCACUGCAUAAUGCAGGCAACGACGCGUUUUUAUGUUUGCUUGCGUUGCAGAAGAUGAUGGAGCCUGGGACAGCUACGCCUAUGCCUGAUACUGAUGCAAGGAGGAAGCCGAAGGCGGCGGGAUUGGUUAUGGCGCCGCCGAUGCCGGUAGCGUUUAUGGGACAUUUGACAGUAGUAGGUGAUGGUUAUUGGAAGUCGCUUGGUGGGUCGGGAUCGCCGAGGGUAAGGGAGCGAGAGCGUGGGAUGGUGGAUGGUGUGACGGAUGAGAUGGGGUUGAUGCGUAUGGGUUCGAAGUAUGGGAGUAUGUCUCCGCCUGAGAUAGGCGGGAGCUGGAAGGAUGACGGGGACAAGGAGAAGGAGGGGUGGUUCAAGUCUGCUAAGGGGGUGCGGUUGGGGACGAAGUGAUACCGGUCGGUUGGUGUUGCUUGGACACUUGAGUCUGACACCCAAUACCGGGUCUCCUAAUUUCUUU